AACACACACACACACACACACACACACACACACACACACACACACACACACACACACAGACACAUACGCCGAGCUCUGCGGCUCUCGCGGUAUUUUGCGCGAGACUGCCUCCUUCCUUUUUCCCUUGCCAGUCCGCUUGCCUUCCUCACCCCUCCUCCUCCUCCCGGCCUGGCCUCCCCCUCCUCCCCCCGCCGGCCCCCUCCCCGCAGGGAUAAUAUGGUCUCCGGCGAUGGACUCCCCAAGUGCAGGAUACACCUUUGAGUACCUUAUUGAAACAUUAAGUGACAAUUCACAAAAGAAGUUCUUCAAUGUCCCUAAACUUGGAGGCACCAAGUAUGAUGUUCUGCCUUACUCAAUACGGGUCCUGUUGGAAGCUGCUGUACGAAAUUGUGAUGGCUUUUUAAUGAAAAAGGAAGAUGUUAUGAACAUUUUAGAUUGGAAAACCAAACAAAGCAAUGUUGAAGUGCCCUUUUUCCCUGCCCGUGUUCUUCUUCAAGAUUUUACUGGAAUACCAGCAAUGGUGGAUCUUGCUGCUAUGAGGGAGGCAGUGAAAACUCUUGGAGGUGAUCCUAAGAAAGUCCAUCCUGCCUGCCCCACAGAUCUCACAGUUGACCAUUCUUUACAAAUUGACUUCAGUAAAUGUGCAAUACAGAAUGCACCAAAUCCUGGAGGCGGUGACCUACAGAAAGCAGGAAAGCUCUCUCCACUUAAGGUGCAGCCGAAGAAGCUUCCCUGCAGAGGCCAGACAGCCUGCCGAGGAUCGUGUGAUUCGGGAGAAAUAAGCCGAAACUCAGGAACAUUUUCUUCACAGAUUGAGAAUACACCCAUCCUGUGUCCUUUUCAUUUGCAACCAGUGCCUGAGUAUGCAAUUGUUUCUGUUCCGAGACCUGAAACAGUGUUAAAAAAUCAAGAAGUAGAAUUUGGCAGAAAUCGAGAGAGACUUCAGUUUUUCAAGUGGAGUUCAAGGGUAUUUAAGAAUGUGGCUGUCAUCCCUCCUGGAACUGGAAUGGCUCAUCAAGUAAACUUAGAGUAUUUGUCAAGAGUAGUUGUUGAAGAAAAGGACCUCCUUUUCCCAGACAGCGUAGUUGGCACAGACUCCCAUAUAACCAUGGUGAAUGGUUUGGGGAUUCUUGGAUGGGGAGUUGGAGGCAUUGAAACAGAAGCUGUUAUGCUUGGUCUACCAGUUUCUCUUACUUUACCAGAGGUGGUUGGGUGUGAGUUAACUGGUUCAUCCAAUCCUUUUGUUACAUCCAUAGAUAUUGUUCUUGGCAUUACAAAGCACCUCAGGCAAGUAGGAGUGGCUGGAAAGUUUGUUGAAUUUUUUGGAAGUGGAGUUUCCCAAUUAUCUAUCGUUGAUCGAACUACAAUAGCAAACAUGUGUCCAGAAUAUGGUGCUAUCCUCAGCUUUUUCCCUGUUGACAAUGUGACAUUAAGACAUUUAGAACAUACAGGUUUUGACAAGGGCAAACUUGAGUCAAUGGAAAACUACCUUAAAGCUGUGAAAUUGUUUCGAAAUGAUCAGAAUUCUUCAAAACCUGAAUACUCUGAGGUGAUUCAGAUUAAUCUAAAUUCAAUAGUUGCAUCUGUCAGUGGUCCAAAAAGACCUCAGGAUAGAGUUGCUGUGGCAGAUAUGAAAAGUGACUUCCAGGCUUGCUUAAAUGAAAAGGUUGGAUUUAAAGGCUUCCAGGUUGCAGCUGAAAAGCAAAAUGAUACCGUGGCUAUUCAUUAUGAAGGAAGUGAGUAUCAGCUGUCUCAUGGAUCUGUGGUCAUUGCUGCUGUUAUUAGUUGUACCAAUAAUUGCAACCCAUCUGUCAUGCUUGCUGCAGGUCUUUUGGCAAAAAAGGCUGUUGAAGCUGGUCUACGUGUUAAACCUUAUAUAAGAACAAGUUUAUCUCCAGGCAGUGGGAUGGUUACACAUUACCUCAGUUCUAGUGGAGUGUUACCUUAUCUCAGCAAGCUUGGAUUUGAAAUAGUUGGUUAUGGAUGUUCAACAUGUGUGGGGAAUACAGCACCCAUAUCAGAAGUGGUUUUAAAUGCAGUAAAACAGGGUGAUUUGGUAACCUGUGGAGUUUUAUCUGGAAACAAAAAUUUUGAAGGUCGUCUUUGUGAUUGUGUCCGUGCCAACUAUCUUGCAUCUCCACCCUUAGUGGUGGCUUACGCCAUAGCUGGCACAGUGAAUAUAGAUUUCCAGACGGAGCCUUUAGGUACUGACCCUGCUGGCAAGAAAAUUUACCUGCAUGACAUUUGGCCUACUCGAGAAGAAGUCCAUCAGAUAGAAGAAGAACAUGUCAUAUUAUCCAUGUUUAAAGCACUGAAAGAGAAGAUAGAGGUAGGAAAUAAACGGUGGAAUUCCUUAGAAGCACCAGACUCAGUUUUGUUUCCAUGGGACUUAAAGUCUACUUAUAUCAGAUGUCCUUCAUUUUUUGAUAAACUUACCAAAGAGCCAACUGUACUCCCGCCUAUUGAAAAUGCUCAUGUCUUACUAUAUUUGGGAGACUCUGUCACGACAGAUCACAUAUCACCUGCUGGAAGUAUUGCCAGGAGUAGUGCUGCCGCUAAGUAUUUGACAAACAGAGGCCUUACCCCUCGCGAGUUCAACUCUUACGGAGCCCGAAGAGGUAACGACGCUGUAAUGACACGAGGCACAUUUGCAAAUAUCAAGCUCUUUAAUAAGUUUAUUGGGAAGCCAGCUCCUAAAACAGUUCAUUUUCCAUCAGGACAGACGCUAGAUGUAUUUGAAGCUGCAGAGUUGUACCAGAAAGAAGGUAUCCCACUGAUUAUCUUAGCAGGAAAGAAAUAUGGUUCAGGAAAUUCACGAGACUGGGCUGCCAAAGGACCCUAUUUACUGGGUGUGAAAGCUGUUUUGGCUGAAAGUUAUGAAAAAAUACACAAAGAUCAUUUGAUUGGAAUUGGAAUAGCUCCACUUCAAUUCCUUCCAGGAGAAAAUGCAGAUUCCUUGGGCCUUUCUGGCAGAGAAACUUUUUCUUUAACAUUUCCUGAAGAACUCUCCCCUGGAAUUACAUUAAGUAUAAAGACAAAUACUGGAAAAGUAUUCAACGUGAUUGCUUCAUUUGAAAAUGAUGUGGAGAUAACAUUGUACAAACAUGGAGGAUUAUUAAACUUUGUGGCUCGAAAAUUCUCAUAGUAUCUGCUCACCGUGGUAUCUUUCAUAACUGACAACUGCAAACAAAGCCUUUUGUGCUAGACCCAGGAAUCUUUGCCAUGGAGCUGCAGAUAGUUCCAGUACACUCAGUUGUCACCCAUGGAUGUAAAUGAUGACGAAUCAGUGUAGUGACUGAAAUGAAAUCUUCUUGAUUUUAAAUAAUAUACGAAUGGUGCUAUUAACAUUGCUAAAAUCACCGUGUGAAGUGUGUUGUGGAAGAGACCUGUAAGUAUGGGGGCGGGGAUAUUUUAUCAGACCAUUUUGUAAAUAAAGGCAGAAUUUGAA